GUCCCUCACUCUCCACUGUGGCCUGCAUGCACUCAGUUACAGCAGUAGAGAGAUCAGUGAUAUCAGUGACUACUACUGUGUCGGGCUGACAGCUUCUCUAAAGCCACCAGGCACUGGUACCUGCCACCUGCUGACAAACACAGUGAGAACAUUCAGAUUCUGUGGGCUCAUCAUGGGAAACUGCGCCUCGGGAACAAAGAAGAAAAGGAAAGGGGACUCUGCAACAGAUGAUAGAAGCACAGAUACCAAGCCUGCUGAGGAUGUAACGUAUGCCUCUAUUGACCACAGCACUGCCAAAGGAUCACGAAUGGCCAGAGCUCAAACUGACGAUGACUGUGACUAUGCCACAGUUAAUGUCCCAGCAGCACUUCAACCCGAACCUGACUCUGAGUGCUCAUCUAAAGAUGAAUGUGCAGAUGAUUAUGUACUCAUGGGGUAAACAAGAGGAAAAGUUCAAUUGGGCUAUUGCAAGAUGCAGGACUUGUAGAUAAUAUAAACAGGAGAAAGUGUCUAAAAUUCUGUAAUGCCGUUCAUCUUGUUUCCAUUUCAACUGUCGAUCUUCCAGUUGGCCUGCUCAGAUCUUGAUCUCUAAUGAAAAAAAACUGUGACAAAAAAACAAAAAUGUUCACAGCCAACAGCAGCGGGUUGUGAAAAUAUCAAGCCCCAAAAUGUUUCCCUUCUCUUCUGAGGGAACCUUAAGUCUGCACACAACUGUGGUCUUCCUUUCUCAGGAACAGAAACCUGCAUCGUAUUUGACCUCUUUACAGAAAAGAUAACUCAACCUCAGGAAAAUGUGAAGCCUUUUCAUCUGAUGUGCCUGAAUUCCUAAAACAUUAACUAAAUACAUGGAAGCAGUAAGUCAAGGGAAACUGAGCUCAGCGUUUGAGCUUGAAGACUUGAAGGAUGAAGACGACUUGAAGAUGAUUCUUGAUUCAUAACUUUAUGUUUUUAGAGAAAUUAGCCAACAAAAUUGAUGUAGAGAAUGUAUGUGUGUGUGUGUGCUAGUAAUUCUGCAUACCACCAAGAUAUACUACGAAAAGAUAUUUAAGGUUUAGGAAUUCAGUGGGUGUAUGUGCUACAAAAGUAGAGCUGUUGUUUUUUUCUACCAUGAAAGGAAACGAACAACAGCUCUGUAACCCUGUAAACACAGAAGCCCAGUGACUUUAGUCACACUAGCUAAUGCGAGUACAUCUGCUGUCACUUUAUGAUUUUCUACUGCAGAUGAAAGUUUGAUCUUUAUCUACAGGCUGUUUGUAUUGAAACAGAGCCAGAGCUUUGCUCCACCUUAACCAAAGUUUCAGUUAAGCCCAUGUCACAUUAAGCUGCAUCAGCCAGGCUUUACUAAUGCCAAGGCUUAAAAUGUAGCUCAACUGUUUGCACAGUAAAAUAGUAAAAUAGUAAAAUUGUGUGCGCAAUUUGUGCCUGAGAACUACUGCACACCACCUAAAUAUACUACAAAUACAUAUUUAAGGAUUGAGAAUUUAUAUGUUUUAUGUUUUGUAUGUGUAUGCAGGGAAUACAUUAUUGUCUAAGCCUGUAUCUUACAGUAGAAUUAUUUAUAUGUUUGACUGGAUGCAUAUGAAAUGGUAGAGUUGUGUACAGUAAUUUACUGUAAAUUCUCUGUUUCAUUGUGGUUUUAUUGAUCUUUUUUAUUGAUUAAAUGCUUACCAAGUA